GUGCUCAUCGUCGCCAUUCGCGAACUGCAGGGCAAACAUUGAGGUGUUAUUUAGAUCAGGAUUUGAUCUGGACUUUAAUCAGGUUUCUGUUGCAGUUAUUGAAUAUCUGCAGCCUACAGUGACACAGUGAAGUUUAGCAGUGAAAUGUCAAGCACUGCCAUGAAGAAGAAGGUGUUGUUGAUGGGAAAGAGUGGAUCAGGAAAGACCAGUAUGAGAUCCAUCAUCUUCGCCAAUUACAUCGCCAGAGACACUCGCCGCCUCGGCGCCACAAUUGAUGUGGAACACUCUCAUGUGCGAUUCCUGGGUAAUCUGGUGCUGAAUCUGUGGGACUGCGGUGGUCAGGACACUUUCAUGGAAAACUACUUCACGAGUCAAAGAGACAAUAUCUUCCGUAAUGUGGAAGUGUUGAUUUACGUGUUUGACGUGGAGAGUCGAGAGCUGGAGAAGGACAUGCAUUACUACCAGUCGUGUCUGGAAGCCAUUCUGCAGAACUCACCCGAUGCCAAGAUAUUCUGCCUGGUGCACAAGAUGGAUUUGGUUCAGGAGGAUCAGAGAGAUCUGAUAUUUAAAGAGCGUGAGGAGGAUUUGAAGAGAUUGUCCCGGCCCCUUGCCUGUACCUGCUUCAGGACAUCUAUUUGGGAUGAAACGCUGUAUAAAGCUUGGUCCAGUAUCGUGUAUCAGCUGAUUCCUAAUGUACAGCAGCUCGAGUGUAACCUGCGCAACUUUGCUCAGAUUAUUGAAGCUGAUGAAGUAUUACUGUUUGAAAGAGCCACUUUCCUGGUGAUUUCUCAUUAUCAGUGUAAGGAACAGCGAGAUGCUCAUCGCUUUGAGAAGAUCAGUAACAUCAUCAAACAGUUCAAGCUCAGCUGCAGUAAGUUAGCUGCCUCAUUCCAGAGCAUGGAAGUACGCAACUCGAAUUUUGCAGCUUUUAUCGACGUGUUCACGUCCAACACAUACGUCAUGGUUAUCAUGUCUGACCCGUCAAUACCAUCUGCUGCCACCCUCAUCAACAUUCGGAACGCCAGGAGACAUUUUGAAAAGCUGGAGCGAGUAGAUGGACCCAAACACAGUCUGCACAUGCGCAUGCGCUAGACAUACACAUGCAGCAGAGAACGAUAAUAAGGGUGAACUCCUGCAAAUGAUUCAAAGGAAUUUCUCCAGUUUUGCCAACAUCACUGCAUCCAGUGUUUUUUUCCAUCUGAUGUAAAAAGGGGUUUAACUUGCUUUUAUUUGUUUGUUUUUUGUUUGUUUUUUUUGCUUCCUGCUGUUGCAAUGGGGCUAUAGUUCAUAUUGAUUCACUCUGAGGAGGGAUUGGAUAUUAUAAUGGCCUCUUAAAAUUUGAUUUGUGCCCUACAGUAACUUGUGAGUUAUUCGUUCACAAAACUAAAUCAUAGUCAACAUUUUGUUUUUCUCUGUCUCCAUUAUAUAUUGUUUAAGCAUUAUCUCAGCUUUUUGUACUUUUGAACAAAUGCUGAAAAGGUUGAGCCGAAAUCUGUGACUGUAAAAUUGGUCUGUUUGAAUUACUUGGAUUACAAAUAUUCAGCAAAAAUAAAUGCACGUUCUUCUGUAAUUACUGUCCUUCCAUUGAACAAAACCAUACUUAUAAGAGGUAAGAAAAUAAAGGAAUCUCUUAAAGUGAUGACACCUGAUUUGUGCUUGUCUCACAAACAUCCUAAAGCACAAAAAACACUCACGUCAAAAAUCUAAAUAUUUAAACAAAUAUAGAGUGGAUUUACAUUUGGAUUGACUAAGCUAUAAAUCAAUGUACACAGUCCUCCACAAAGAACAUAUUUAUAUUUUACAGUCUGAACUUCUACAAUAGCAAAAUUGGGCUCUGAUCUCUUGGUGGUGCUAGUGUUAGAUAUAGAUAUACAAAGUUGCACUAGGGUUUACAUGAAUAACAUUAG